AUGGGAAACGUGUUUGCGAACCUCUUCAAGGGCCUCUUCGGCAAGAAGGAGAUGCGCAUUCUGAUGGUCGGUCUUGACGCCGCCGGUAAGACCACCAUCCUCUACAAGCUGAAGCUAGGCGAGAUCGUCACCACCAUUCCAACCAUUGGCUUCAACGUGGAGACCGUCGAGUACAAAAACAUCAGCUUUACCGUGUGGGACGUCGGCGGCCAGGACAAGAUUCGCCCCCUCUGGAGACACUACUUCCAGAACACGCAAGGCCUUAUCUUCGUGGUGGACAGCAACGAUCGCGAGCGUGUUGGUGAGGCACGCGAGGAGCUGAUGCGCAUGCUGGCUGAGGAUGAGCUUCGUGAUGCAGUCCUUCUCAUCUUUGCGAACAAACAGGAUCUGCCAAAUGCCAUGAGCGCCGCGGAGAUCACCGACAAGCUCGGCCUGCACUCACUUCGCAAUCGCAACUGGUACAUCCAGGCCACUUGUGCAACCACCGGUGACGGCCUCUACGAGGGUCUCGACUGGCUGUCCAACCAGCUGAAGUACCAAAAGUAG